AUGAGUGUUCUUAUUAUUCGCCUUCUUUUUUAUAUACUUGGAUUUCUUUCUUUCUUUCUUCUUCUUCUUCUUCUUCUUCUUUUCUUUAUAUUUUACUUCCUCAGAUUACACAUAUCAGUUUAUUUUUUAAUCAGGAUGAUUAUGUUUGCUUUAUUGUCGUCCUCUCCUCCUCCACUUCUUUUUCUUCCAUCUUUUAUUUGUCUUUUCUAUUUUGAUUGUGUUUCUUCUCUCUUUCUUUCUUUCUUUUUUUCUUUCUUUCUAUGUUUCGAUUUUGUUUCUUUUAUUUUCUUCUUUCUUUCUUUCUUUCUUUCUUUCUAUGUUUCGAUUUUGUUUCUUUUUUUCUUCUAUCUUUCUUUCUAUGUUUCGAUUUUGUUUCUUUUAUUUUCUUCUCUCUUUCUUUCUUUCUUUCUUUCUUUCUUUCUUUCUAUGUUUCGAUUUUGUUUCUUUUAUAUUCUUCUCCCUUUCUUUCUUUCUUUCUAUGUUUCGAUUUUGUUUCUUUUAUUUUCUUCUCUCUUUCUUUCUUUCUUUCUUUUUUUCUUUCUAUGUUUCGAUUUUGUUUCUUUUAUUUUCUUCUCCCUUUCUUUCUUUCUUUCUUUCUAUGUUUCGAUUUUGUUUCUUUUUUUCUUCUAUCUUUCUUUCUAUGUUUCGAUUUUGUUUCUUUUAUUUUCUUCUCUCUUUCUUUCUUUCUUUCUUUCUUUCUUUCUAUGUUUCGAUUUUGUUUCUUUUAUUUUCUUCUCCCUUUCUUUCUUUCUUUCUUUCUAUGUUUCGAUUUUGUUUCUUUUAUUUUCUUGUAUUUUUCUUUCUUUCUUUCUUUCUUUCUUUCUUUCUAUGUUUCGAUUUUGUUUCUUUUAUUUUCUUCUCUCUUUCUUUCUUUCUUUCUAUUCUAUUAUAUAUUUUUAUCGUGCUUCUCCUCCCUUUCUUUCUAUUUUAUGUUUCGAUUUUGUUACUUCUCUUUUUUCUUCUUUCUUUCUUUCUUUCUUUCUUUCGUUCUUUCUUUCUUUCUUUCUUUCUUUAUUUUGA